GUCAACAAUUUGCUGAAAAAAAGAGAAGCAAUUAAUGGGCUUGCUUGGCCGAUGAAGGAGGCGGACUCAAAGAAUGGGAUGAAUGGGCCAAGGGAUGAUGGGCCAAAAUCAGUAACCAUAACAUCCUUGGGCAGGUCCAAUAAAAAAAAAAAAAAGAGAAAAAGGGAGUCAAUAAGGCGAGGACAGAAGAUGCAAACAGUUUCUGGAAGGAUCUGGACAGUGAUACAGGGGAGUUACCGGAAUGGACAAGAAGAAGAGGGGGUAAGAAGAAAAAAAUGCAGAAACGGAGGGUGAAGACAUGCAGAUCAGUUUACAUACGAUCAGGCGGGCUGGAAGGCUUUCGGCUGCAGAAGAAGAAGAAGGGAAACCGGUUGGUGACGGAAAAACUGUUGCUGCAAGUGGGUUUUGAGGCAAAUACAACAGAAUCGGUGGCAGAUGAUUCUAUUAAUGAUAGCAACAUUCAAAAUUGCAACAAGGGUAUUGAAAUGAAGGAUAAAGUCAGAGGCCCAGAAGCUGUUUUGAGCCGAAUUAAAGAAUUGGGUGUCUCGAUUGAAGGGGAUGAGAUACCGGUGCUACGAAAACUAGAAGAGAUGGAGCAGCGGGAUAGAGAAAAAAGAAAGAAAGACAAGGGGGGCAAGAGUGUGAGAAGAGAAGUAAAGGGAUUUGAAGAAUUCAUAGUGAAUAAUGGCUUGACGGAUCUACCACUGCUGGGAAGAAAGUAUACAUGGUGCCAACCAAAUGGUCACAGGAUGAGUCGUUUGGACAGGUUUUUGUUCAAUGAUGACUGGAUGAUGAAAUGGCUUGAUCUCAAACAAUGGGGACUCCAUAGAUCUCUGUCAGACCAUUGUCCCAUACUGGUAAGAAGCGAGACACUGAAUUGGGGCCCAAAACCUUUCAAGUUCUUCAAUGCUUGGUUACAUACCCCUGGUUUCAGUGAUAUGGUUGCAGCAAAAUGGAAGGAGAUCAAAAUCCAAGGAUGGGGUGGUUUCAUCUUAAAGGAGAAAUUGAAGAAGCUCAAGGAUUUUCUUCGGGAGUGGUCAAAAUCCUCUUUACAAGAAGUGGAUAGGAAAAUUGAGGAGGCUAGGGAGAGUACUCACUAUACUGAGCUACUCAAGAAUAUGCAGUUGAAAGAAGAGAUGGCCCAACAGAAAGCACGGAAAACUUGGCUAAAAACAGGAGAUGCUAAUACCAGUUAUUUCCACAAGUGCAUCAAGGGGAGAUGGCGUAGGAAUGAAAUAAAUGUGGUUUCCAUAGAAGGCAAGGAGCUUAAGAACAUGGAAGACAUAAAACAAGGAGUAAAGCAGUAUUUUGCCAAUUUAUUCACAGAUGAGGGAUGGUCGAGACCGACUUUAGAGGGCCUAAAUUUCAAGACCAUCUCAGAGGCAGACAGAGGCAUGCUUACUGAUCCUUUUACAGAAGAAGAAGUUAGAGCAACGGUAUGGAAUUGUGAUAGCACCAAAGCACCAGGACCGGAUGGGUUUACUUUCGGCUUCUUAAAGAAAGAAUGGGAGGUGAUUAAAACUGACAUCAUGGAGUUUCUCACGAAUUUCCACAGAAAUGGAAAAUUGGUAAGGGAUUCUAAUGCCUCCUUUCUUGUUUUAAUACCAAAGAGAGAAAACCCUCGAGGUAUCGAGGAGUAUAGACCCAUCUCAUUAAUUGGUUGCACUUAUAAAAUUCUUGCUAAAUUGCUAGCAAAUAGACUCAGCAGAGUACUAAAUGGGAUUAUAGGGGAAGAUCAAUCUGCAUUUAUCGAGGGGAGACAAUUGGUAGAUGGAGUGCUUGUUGCAAAUGAGGCCGUUGAUGGGGUGAGGAAAAGAAAAUCCCGGUGCUUUAUUUUCAAAAUUGAUUUCGAAAAGGCAUAUGAUAAUGUGAGCUGGCCUUUUCUUGAUUAUAUGAUGGAAAGAAUGGGCUUCGAUACAGUAUGGAGGGGGUGGAUUUCUGAAUGCUUAAAGUCUAAGACGGUGUCUAUUUUAGUUAACGGAAGUACCACAAAAGAGUUCGCGAUGUCAAGAGGGCUCCGACAAGGUGAUCCAUUAUCUCCAUUUUUAUUCCUAAUGGUGGCAGAGGCUCUUAAUGGACUAACUUCAGUAGCAGUCUCAAAGGGCUUUUUUCGUGGAGCAAAAAUAGGAGAUGGGGAGCUUGAAAUUAGCCAUUUACAGUUUGCAGACAAUACACUAUUUAUGGGUGAGGCAACUAAAAACAACAUCUGGACAGUCAAAUGUAUUAUGAGAGCUUUUGAAUUGGUGUCAGGCCUGAAGGUAAAUUAUAGAAAGAGCUCUUUAAUUGGAAUCAACACUGAUGAUGAAUGGAUUGAAAAAAUGGCAUGGUUGCUAAACUGUAAAACUGAUGUUCUCCCCUGCAAAUACUUGGGGGUGCCAUUGGGUGCAAACCCAAGGAGACUAGUCACAUGGAAACCUUUAAUUGAGACGUUUAGAAGAAAACUCUCAGCUUGGAAAGGAAGAUUCUUGUCUCUUGGUGGAAGAAUCACUCUCAUAAACUCUGUGCUAUCCAGUCUACCAGUGUUCCUGAUGUCAUUCUAUCUUCCCCCUAAACACGUAAUCUAUGAACUUGAUAAAAUUAGAAGGAAUUUCUUGUGGGGAGGGGUUGAGGAAGGUAGAAAGAUUGCAUGGGUGUCUUGGGAUAGGGUAUGCUGUAGUAAAAAAGAGGGAGGCUUGGGGGUCAAAAAUUUGAGAUGGUUUAAUAUGGCAUUGCUUGGCAAAUGGUGGGCGAGACUAGUAGUAGAGGGAGAGAAGGGUUUAUGGUCUAGGGUACUUCUAGAAAAGUAUGGUGGCAAGGAAGGAAAUUGGUUGUCAUGGUUGAGAGAGAGUCGGGGCUUAGGAUCAUCUUGGUGGAAUGAUGUUUGUAAAUUGAAUAGAGGAUUAGAUGGUAAGGACGAGUGGCUGUUUUCAAAUUUUAAGUUGAAUUUGGGUGAUGGGAAAAGUGUUAGCAUCUACGAUAUGGGACAUUGGGUAGAUGGGUGCUGGGUUUGGAGGUUUCAAUGGAGAAGAAGACUUCGAGCCUGGGAAGAGGACAAAUUGAAACAACUAAUCAAGGCUAUACAACACAUAAAGCCAACGCAGGACAAGAAGGACAAUUGGAGUUGGAGGCUACAUGGUGAGGGAAAAUAUACCACAACAUCUGCCUAUGAGCAACUUGUAAAGAAAGAGGAUAACAGGCUAAUGGAUUACAGAAAACUGUGGAGUGCACAAGUUCCAUCAAAAGUAAUUAAUCGGCAUCUCACCACAGCAGUCACCACCUCAUCACCUCUAGCAAAGCGGCCUGAUCUCCAUGCUCCACUUGCGUCAAGAUCUCACCACCAGUCACAGCCUCAUCUAGUCAUCUCCUCUGCUGAACAGAAGCAACAAAGCUGCCCAACCGACUCUUGACGACCACAUGAAUCAAAUGGCGGAUCUCGU